AAAAAACGUGCUAUUAAUUACACAUAAACCAUAAAUAUAAUUGAUUAAUAUACCUUUUAUUCUUACUUUUUUUCUUAUAUUUUUUCUUUCAAAACGACUAUGGAUGAGAAUCCACUUUCACAGUCUAUAUCAGAAGAUUUUGAGGAUUUGUUUGAUGAUGAUACAAAAGAUUCUAUUUGUUCAGAGGCAUCCAGUAUCCCCGACGAAAAUAUUGAUUUCAACUUAGUAUACGCUUUACAUACAUUUGUUGCUACUAUUGAUGGGCAAACAUCUGUAGUAAAGGGUGACUCUAUGGUUUUAUUAGAUGAUUCCAACUCUUAUUGGUGGCUUAUAAAGGCCCUAAAGACAUCUGAGGUAGGCUAUAUACCUGCAGAAAAUAUCGAGACACCAUUUGAAAGAUUAGCACGCCUUAAUAAACAUCGUAACGUAGAAAUUGCAUCGCUACCGUAUUAUGUAGAACAAAAAUCAUCGUCAACCAAAAAGAAGAAGGUUCAAAUGUCAAACGUAUGUACAUAUCAAGCACAAAUUAUAAUAACAGACAAUGAGGAUGAACAUAGUGAAAGUUAUGAAGAGACGUAUGAAGAAUGGGAAGAAGAUUUAAAUAAGGAACCACUAGAAACAACUACUAGGUAUUCUCCUGUAACAAAUCCUGAUUUUUGUAUGCCUAUCAUUGAAGAAUUGGAAGAGUUAUCAUUCAGUAACACUGUUGAUAUCCAGCAACCUUUUCCUCCUGAUGAGCCUUUUCCUCCAACAUCGUUAACAGAAAAUCAUAUAGUUCCAGAAAUUACAAACGACCAACAACAUAUGCUUAUUAACAAUAAAGUAUCCAAAAAUAUCGAAGAGCAGCAAGAUGUUGGUGUAGUAAAGGGUUUAAAGCAACUAUUAUCCAUUGGUAACAAAACUAAAAAGUCCAAUGAUGAGAUAUUAGUUGAUAACGGAAAUAAUAUGCAAUAUCAUGUUUUACGUAUUUUUUCUGAAGACAUUAAUGGUGCUAUGUUUAGUUCAGUAGCAGUGACACCCGAUAUGAAUACUGAGCAGGUCAUUCAACUUGCAUUACAAAAGUUUCAUAUUGUAGAUAAUCAACCUGGAGUUGAAUAUUAUGUCACAGUAAAAUCUAUACAUAGUGAUGAAAUUACAUUAACGCCUCAAGAUAAACCUUUAGCAAUAUUCGAAUCUCUUAGCGAUCAUCUCACAACGCCUAUGCCUUCCUUAACUCACAUUAAACGAUUAUCAGUUGAACAACCAACGAUUAAAGUAACUCGUAUAGGAAUUUCCAAAGCAAGGCAGCGUGCAGAAGCCCAUUUUGGAGAAGAUUCCUUUAUACGAUUUUCCUUACAUAAACGUAUUAAAAGAACGUCUUUUGAAGGUGAACAAAUUUAUAUAAAAAUUACUCAUUAUAUACGACAGCAACAGUAUUCUGAAAAGGGAGGAGGGCUCACUAGAAAAAGUAGUCUGUUGAACGCUGAUAGAAUGGAUAAAUUAGUUGCUGUCAACAUGUCAAAUACAGUUACGGAUUUAAUGACCAUUAUGCUGGAAAAAUUUCAUUUGACACAUGAGGAUAAAUCAAUGUAUUGUGUCCGUCUAUCAGUCAAUGGAAAAGAAACUCUUUUGGAUUCAAGUCAAACUAUUGCAGAUAUACUCAAGAACCCUGAACUAAAUCCUCCAGGAACAACAGUAGAGAAACUAUUUGUACUUUGUACUAAAAGGAAAGAAGGUCUAGAACGAAAUAAUAGUCGACGUUUUAUGGGACUCUUAAAGCAGCAACUACAACAACAACAGCAGCAACAGCAGCAGCCGAAAAUAGAGACCAAUGAUAAAGUCAUAGAGCCAUUAAAUACAAGUAAUGUUAUUCGAAGACUAGAUGAAGCAAUUCAAUCGCUCGAAAAUGAUAAAAGACAGUUCGAAAAUAAUAAACACAUAUUUCUUAAGCCGCCCAAAAGAUCGAAUAGUUUAUCGAAAAUGAGUCGACCCAUUCAACACUUGGAAACAAGACGAUUACCAACAAGAUCUUCUUCUUUAAAACUAUCGUACGAGAAUAAAAAACAAAUAUCAAAUAUGGAUGAUCUUCAAAAUGAGCUUCACCGAAUAGCUUCAUCACAUAACGAUAAUACUACUUUACGUAUUUCAUAAAUUUACUAUGUUAAAUAAUAUAUAAAUUGUAAAUAAAUUAAAUCAAAUCUUUUUAUAUAAUAAUAAUAU